AUGGAUGUUAGGGACCAUGAAGGGCCAUUUGAACCAACUCCGUCUCCUUUUCGGGGGAGCCCAAGUCCUCCUGUUCCUACAAUGCAUGAUCCAUUUGCACGGGCACCAUCUCCGUAUCACACAGCGCCAGUCCAGCAGUCGCCGUUCCAUCCUAUGCCAGUGCAACAACAUCCUCACGUGACUCCGGGCGUGUAUCACACGCCGUCGCCAUACCAGCCAACGCCACCGUCGCAGUAUCCACAUUCACCGUACCCACACCCAACAUUCGUGCCUGACGGAAUGGGUGGAUACUAUCAGACAAUGGUAAAUCCCGCUGCUAUGAUCCCGGGACAUCCUCAUGGUGGCCUUGUUUACUCGCCUGUUGUUGCAAAGCCGGACAUUGGUGAUGUGGGUGCUGGUGUUGUUCAUUGCAGAAAAGAUGGCGAACCAGCAAGACAAGUGUCUUCUGAAGCUGUCUUUCGAAUCCUCAUGCCAUCGGAACUUGGACAACAGGUUAUGUCAGGUGUGGAUCAUAAGAAUGACGGGAAUGCAGCUGCAGUUGCAAUGGUCCGGGUGAUAAGAUAUCGUGCCAAACUGUCACUUGGGCCGUUUGGAUUGUUACGAUUACCCUCCGAGCAGCUGUUGACUACUGUCAUGGAUAGUGUCUUUGUCCGGAAUGGUUUGGACAUGAACACAUGGAGUGUGGAUCCGGAAAGACCGCCCCCUAUUGACACCAAGAAACAAUCCUCGGUAUUGUCCUUCCUUCCUUGUUUGGACACUGGUAUGUCUUCUACCAUGGUUCUACGCGGGGGUAUAACUCUUGACCAAGCAAGGCAACUGGGAAUGAUCAUCUACUAUUUCUUUGCCAUGCUGAGUGCUAAGAAGCCAACCUAUGAUGGUGCAGAUUAUAAUGAUAGGGAUUUUCAGCGUUCCAUCUUCGGUAAUACUCUGUUUUUAAUGUGCAAUACUUUGAUGCAGAAUGGGGAUUUGAUGCGAUUGUGGAUGAGGUAUCCGGAAAUGUGUACCACGGAAUACAUUCGUGACCUAACGGAGCUUUUGUACCACCUGAAGUCGUUUGUGGAUUACCGGUCUGGGGCUGAUAUGGGUCAUUAUGGCAUACAUGAGGCUCGUCUUGCAAGUCAUCCUAACUUUCCUUUCAUGGUCGUCUCCUCUUCGAUGGAGAGUCAGCAAAGUACAACUCGAACUGCCCAUCUAAAAUCGGCUAUUCAAAAAUAUCGGGAUGCAAUGUAUGACAAGUGGGAUAAAACCUACUACAGCUUACAGGAUCCAAUCUGGUUGUCCCCUUGUUCUGUUUUUCUACAGGCAUCGAAUCAAGCUUCUGGAGGUUCCGAUCGGUCAUCUCGGCACAAGCUAUUGCACGAUGAUUGCAAUGGUCCUCCUAAGCCUGGAAAAGACAAGGAGAAGGAUAAGGUAGUAUUUGUUAAUGGUACUCCACCUUUUGUGUGGAAUGAAGCAAGGACUCCGAUGAGGGGACGAGAUCCAGUUGUUGCCUUUCAAAGUGCCAAGGUGCCUAAGGGUGGAUAUCCUCACCUUGAAAAACCAAAUAACAACAUGAAUGGUAAGAAGAUGAUAUACCCAAUCUGUCUGAAUUCUGCUUUCGAGAGCCAUCGAAAAUGUCAUGAUAGCGCAGCAUGUAAAGUAUUUGCCAAACAUGGCAAGCCGGGUAUUGGAAGAACUCGAGUACACAUUGAUCUUGAAGAUGUUAAAUGGUCCAACGCCAACUACCCUGAAGCAAACUGGAAAGACGUUGUUGCUUUUGUCAAGAAAUACAAUGACUAUCUAUUACCAACAGAAGCAUUCAAAAGAUUGACGCCCAGCACACAAUGGUGA